GAUCAUUGUUUCACAUUCUCAUAGCAUAUCAAUAUUCUACAGCAUAAUCCAGUUUAACUUUCUUGUUGAAUCAUGGCUCUUCGUGGGAAGCUAGAGGUUGACAUUGAACUCAAGUCUAAUGCAGACAAGUACUGGCAAACCAUAAGGGAUUCCACAACUAUAUUCCCUAAGGCCUUCCCACAUGACUACAAAAGCAUUGAUGUCCUUGAAGGUGAUGGCAAAGCUCCUGGUUCUGUCCGCCACUUCCAUUACGCCGAAGGAUCGCUACUUGCGAAGUCGUCAAAAGAGAGGAUUGAGGCUGCUGAUGAUGAGAAGAAGACAGCAACCUAUUCAAUUAUUGAAGGAGAUCUUCUCCAGUACUACACAAAAUUCUUGGGACACAUAGCUGUUAUACCGAUUGGAGAAGGAUGUGAGCUGAAAUGGACUGCUGAAUAUGUCAAAACUAAGAAUGAUAUUCCAGAUCCAACUAUUGUCAAAGAUUUUGCUGUCAAGAACUUCCUUGAGGUGGAUGACUAUAUUCAACAACUUGCUUAGAAGUUCAAUGCAUUUCAUGAAGGAUAUGCUAGCAUAAUUAAAAAAAAUAAGGGAACCAUUUCCUAUUUAAUGUGUUGUAUCUGGAUAGUAAUGACCCUGUCUUUCUUUGCUGUUUGCUUAAGAAAUUAUUGAACUAUGUCAUUUUCAAUUGUUUUGAUAUAAAUGUCAAUUUAUAUUUGA